CGGGGCCAUUCAGUCGCAGCACAUUAGAAGCGUUUCAUUGAUGUUGGGGUGCGAAUGUGCGGUGGCAACUGUGGCACGGUGAUUUGGUGUCUAGUGGUGUAACAGAAUUCAGCGACAUGACUUUGUAUGAAUAAACAACCAGUGAAUAAAGAAUCGUUAACGUGCGUGUCUGUGUUUGAAAUAAGCCAACUUAAAAUACAGUGAUUUAUUUGCUUGUGUAGUGUAUUCGUGUACAUACUUAAUAUCUGUAGAGUAGGUUCUGUACAUAAUGACUGCAAUUGCCAUGGCGUCGGACGGAAGCUAUGAUCCCGUGAUAUCUAAGUUGAUUACAUCGCUUAAAGAAGCCGAAAGCUUGACCGACGAGAAAGAUCUGGGAUUUUUGCAAAAUUUACUCCAGUCGAAGGAACUAAACGCACUUGUGAAUGUACAUAGCAAGGUGGCCAAAAUUAACAAGGACGACCGGAUAGCGCCACUGCUGUCUGCUUCAGUUCAGAUUCUGAUGGAAGUUUUGGAACUGCUAGCACCAAGAUGUCAUAUUUCUCCAUUAUGUAAAGAGGUUUUCCACCUACUACAAACACCGCAUUUGCAGAGUAUUCUUUUUGCACACGAUGCAAUCGCGCAAAAAGACUUCUAUCCACAUCUUCCUGAUAUCCCAGUGGAGGUUGAUGAAGACGAAGAAACCAUCAAAAUCGUACAACUUGUAAAAAGUAACGAGCCCCUGUGUGCUGGAGCACAAAGUGCGGAACCAAUCGUUGGUGCUACCAUUAAAACAGAUGAGGAAACGGGCAAAAUUAUUAUCGCACGAAUCAUGCACGGUGGGGCAGCUGAUCGUUCCGGCCUUAUUCACGUUGGCGAUGAGGUGAUUGAAGUAAAUAAUAUUAACGUUGAGGGCAAAACACCAAGCGAUGUUCUAUCGAUUCUGCAAAACUCGGAAGGAACAAUAACGUUCAAGCUAGUUCCUUCAGAUGGGAAGCUGGAUCAACGUGAAAGUAAGGUGCGUGUAAGAGCUUACUUCGACUACGAGCCAGAAAACGAUCCCUAUAUCCCUUGCAAAGAGGCCGGACUAGGGUUCCAAAAGGGUGACAUUCUUCAUAUUGUAUCCCAGGACGAUUCCUACUGGUGGCAAGCACGUAAAGAAGGCGAAAAAACCACCCGGGCCGGAUUGAUACCAAGCCGGGCACUGCAGGAGCGUCGCAUACUGCACGAAAGAACACAGAAGGAACCAAAUGGUGAUGCAAAAAAAGGUUCAUGUGCCUCCAUCUGCUCUACUCCACCCGGUUCACCAAACCCAAACCAUCCAUGUGGUGGGCCAAAGACUAAAAAGAUUAUGUACGAUACAGCUGAGAACGAUGACUUUGAUCGGGAGAUGAUCGCCACCUAUGAGGAGGUGGCAAAGCUAUACCCGCGUCCAGGUGUCUUUCGUCCAAUCAUCUUAAUCGGUGCGCCCGGUGUUGGACGAAACGAGCUGAAGCGUCGGCUGGUGGCAAGAGAUCCGGAAAAAUACAAAAGCCCAGUUCCAUAUACGACGCGCCCUAUGCGUCCCGGAGAAGUCGCCGGCAGGGAGUAUCUGUUUGUGACGCGCGAAAAGAUGGAAGCCGACAUUGCCGCUGGGAAGUUUGUUGAACACGGCGAAUAUAAAGGCCAUCUUUACGGUACAGCGGCCGAAAGUGUAAAAACCAUCGUGAACGCUGGAUGCGUGUGUGUUAUUGGACCACACUAUCAGGCCCUAAAGUCCUUAAGGACGGCGCAGCUCAAGCCGUACAUUGUACACAUCAGACCACCGGCGUACGAGGAGUUGAAAAAAUCUCGCACGAAAGCACGUGCACGCUCAACGUUUGAUGAAAACAAUUCAAGAGGAUUUACGGAUGAAGAGUUCAUGGAAAUGAUCAAAUCGGAUGAACGCAUAAACUUUCUGUACGGACACUUCUGUGACGAUGAGAUCGUGAAUGAUGACCUAUCGGAGGCGUUCGAGAAGUUGGUCAACUUUGCCAACAAAUGUGAAUCCGAGCCGCUUUGGGCCCCAGCCAGCUGGGUGCAGUAGAAAAGUUUCAUUUCGAUCGAUUGAGCUCGAAGCUGUGAAUCGGAAUUUGUUGGAAGUUGUUAAAUUUCAAUUGCAUUAUGCGUACUACAUGGUAAAUUGUCCCCAUUGCCUGAAUUGAACCCGUUAUUCAUGUUGUUGGAUUGAUUAGACUAUUUCGGUUGCAAAAUAUGUGUAUCACUUUACGAAUGAUACAUUUGUUAUUAGUUGUAUGAUUUUAUUUAUCAUUUACAAUAUCUCAAUAAACUGUCAUUGGUCAACUUUAUGUAAACUAUUAUUAUUUGAACAUGUGCUGCAGUUUUGAUGCUUCAUGCUGCUUGUCUUGAAAUGAGAAUGAAUGAAAAAAGCUUGUACGUUAUUCUAAGGUGCUUUAUCAAGAGAUAGUUGUGCAAACAAACCCCACACAAAGCGUGGGGUUAUUAGAGGAUUGAUCAACUCGGAACAACACUCAACACAUAACGUGGCAUCGCACCUCAACGCUCGUUGGUAACAAAUAUAAUAAGAACGAUUAAAUCAAGAAUUAAUGAUGUAACGUCAGGAAUUGUUUUACAUUGUGCAUAAUUAUAUACUAGAGGACAUUCGUUGUUUGCACGACGAGCGUAUUACUACAUAGAUGCGAGGCGCGUUACAUUCAUGUUCAAUUCUUUCAGUUUUUUUAUUCACCAACGAUGAAAGACGGCAAUGACACACAGGAUAGGCCAGAGAGACACAACUGAAAGAGCUUAUUUAACCUAUUUGACUUCUCUAUACGUUUUUGCAUGUUGUUUGUAGGAAUUUAAUUAAAGCAAAUCCACUGCCCAAAAAGAAAGGGCAUUUGUGCGCGAGAGUUAAGCUAUGAAAUGAAGGAGAAGAAAACAUAACAGUCCCAUGUUUUUAUACACGUUGAAGAGAUAAAUGAUAGAGGGAGGUAACACAAAACAGACACACGUUAGCUAGAUGGUUAGGUUCAUGAAAACGUGAACCAAUUGUGGUGUUAGAAUUUAGAAAACUUUGAUUGAUGAUUAAAACCAUCGCACAUAUUUUCGUUUGUGAAUUAGUGUGAAAGUGAAUUAGAACUAACUGCAAAGAGUUUCGAUGAAUUAAAUGACACAAAUUGUUUAUUUAUCUGCUUUAUUUUUAUUUCAAGUUUAUGAUUUAUGUGCAAAAGAUCUUCAAGUAUAACAAUUAAUGCCACUACCAAUGCGCCAUAAGCAACUUCCGUACCUAUGAAAGAACAAAAUUAAUACCCCCCAAAAUCCCCGCAAAGAGGAUGCUUUUGAGAAAGCAACGCGUGCAACAAAAUAACACCCGAACAAACCAGUUCGGACUCGGAUUUUCGCCUAAUACACCUUCUAAUCGACAAACAAAACAAAAAAAAAUUGAAUAGUAACAAAGCUAACAGUUCAACCGUUUCUAGUUGCGAUAUAGAUAUAUUUAAUGCAGCAUUUAACAAAAUUCAUAACAAAGUCCGUAUUUUCCGACCCGUUUUAUAAAACAAACUCCUUAAACAAAGAGGAUAGAAUUGAAAUGUAGGACACUGUAUGUUCUUAUAGCCUUGCUGUAUUAAAAACCAUUGCCAACCAUUACUACUUUUCACUCAAAGAACAAUAGACUACAAAAUAUAGUUUGUCAACAUGGUAAUGCCGAGGGAGAGAAUACAGGCAUAAGUACAUAAGUCUUUCGGUAGUGUUAAAGUAGUAAGUCACAUAAAUCAUGUGUUUCAACAUUGUACAGUGAGUUAGUCAAAACCAAAAAUCAAGCAUAAAAAACGCAAAUGUAAGCAAGCAAAAGGUCAGGCCAGAAGCCAAGCCCCCUCCCCCAUAAACACACAGUUAAAUUUUUGAUCGCUAAUAAUUGCCAACUUCUUUCCAAGUUUCAAUAAUACAAAAAGAGAUGUGUCCAAGUUCGCAACGUAAUAUUCUAAAGCUGUAUCUAAUGUAUCAUCCGCAUUAUACGCUACCUGUCUUACCCAGGUUCAACAAUUAACAUUUAUAACUGCUACGCUAAAUGAAAAACACUUGGUGUAUGGUGCAAACAUGGGCUUGUGGGCUAUAUUAUUACUGCAUCCAUUUAAUUUAAAUGCAAACCAGCAGGAUUACUGAGAGAAUGUGUAUGUGUGUGUACAUGUGAAAUGUGAACAAUCGGGACAAUAUGCAGAAACAAUUUGUGUCACUAAAGGUGUAUCGAAAGGUAUGGGUACGCUAAGAUUGAAUGCUGUAUUUUUAUUCCAAUGUAUAAUUCAAACCGUUGAUGAUUCGUCCUAAGACCAGAACUAUCUCACAGUAUCGCUUACAUAGAGGAAUGAAGUUACUAUCCUAACUAGAGUUGUCGAGGAUGUAGAAGGGUAAAAAUUGCAUAUAAAGUGUCACUCGUAAAACAUCAAAAGAGCACUCUGAAAAAAUUAUAUUCCCGGAUGUUUUCCGGAACCGGAUGCCAGAUAACGAACAGACAAACUGGAACCACCUAUAGAACUUUUGUGGCAAAUUAUGUAUUCACCAAUCGACAGCGUAUGUGAGCAUGUUGUUUUUCGUGGAAUGAUCGUACAAAACAAAUCGUCACGUUAGUUUCUAGCACACUAUUAAUUCAUUAAAACAGUUAGAUCUUCCCCAAUGUGUUGCUGUGCUAAUGACAGAAAUCCUACCAGCCAAAGACAAAAACGUGAAACCAAGUUGUGUAGCUUAAUGGGUGUUGCAUGACAGGAGCAAAGACAAACAGAAACAAACAUGCUAACAUUCGGCAAACGUCAUAAACAUACAUAACAAGUGUAAAAAAACGACAAAAACGCGCUAAAAUUGGUCAAAACAGUAUGUUUAAGUGUAUGGUACACUAAAUACAUGCAAACACUCAAAAGACACGUAACGGUGAAAACGAAGUGAUGUUGUUUGUUGAUUAGUUUUAGAUACGAUACAAACCAAGCCAAUCAUAUAGUACGGAUAAGGGCAACAAAGCGAUGCAACAAAAAUGUCACCCCCAUUGUGUACACACUCUCAACAGCAAGCACGUAAAGAUGCAUUGAAGAAAGGGCAUAUUAAAUACAAAACAAAACC